AUGGAAGUUACUGAUGAAAACCUCGCCACAUUAGCUAAUUACUUACAACAAACACUGAAUCCGGACCCGAACAUUCGAAGGCCGGCUGAAAAAUUCUUAGAGAGUGUUGAAAUUAACCAAAACUAUGCUAUACUAUUAUUACACCUCAUUGACAAAGAAUCUGCAGAUCUUACAAUUCGAAUUGCUGCAGCUAUUACAUUCAAAAAUUACAUUAAGAGAAAUUGGCCUGUGGAGGAAUUUGGGCAGGAUCGCAUACAUGCAGCUGACAGGGAAACCAUCAAAACUCUCAUAGUAUCUCUAAUGUUAAAAUCACCUGAGUCUAUUCAGAGACAAUUUAGUGAUGCUGUAUCCAUUAUUGGCAAGACUGACUUCCCUGAGAGAUGGCCCGGUCUUAUAUCAGAAAUGGUUGAAAAGUUCGCUACAGGUGAUUUUCAUGUUAUAAAUGGAAUAUUAAGAACAGCUCAUUCACUGUUCAAACGCUACAGAUAUGAAUUUAAAUCACAAAAGCUUUGGGAAGAAAUAAAGCAUGUCCUGGAAAACUUUGCUAAACCAUUGACUGACUUAUUUGUUGCUACCAUAGAUCUUACAGCAAAACAUGCAGAUAAUCCUCAAGCACUGAAGAUAAUAUACAACUCCCUAGUGCUUAUAUGCAAGGUUUUCUACUCCCUCAAUUACCAAGAUCUGCCAGAGUUCUUCGAGGAUAAUAUGCCAAUAUGGAUGCCCAAUUUGCUGAAUUUGCUACAAGUCAAGGUCCCGUGCCUAGAAACUAAUGAUGAUGACGAUAAGCCUGGGGUAAUGGAAGAACUACGCACUGAGGUGUGCGAAUGUGCAGCUUUGUAUGCACUGAAAUAUGAAGAGGAAUUCAGUCCCUACGCCCCAGGGUUCGUUACGGCCGUUUGGAAUGUGCUGCUGUCCACCAGCACACAGCCUAAAUAUGAUGGUUUAGUUUCAAACGCUUUAACAUUCCUUGCGAAAGUUGCGGAGAAGAACAGCUAUAAAAGUCUAUUUGAAGACCCGGCAACACUCAGCAGCAUCUGUGAAAAGGUUGUCAUACCCAACAUGGAGUUCAGAGAGUCGGAUAUGGAGUUGUUCGAAGACAACCCCGAGGAGUACGUGAGGCGAGACAUCGAGGGCUCCGACGUGGACACGAGGCGUCGCGCCGCCUGCGACCUCGUCAGGACUUUGGCGGUGCACUACGAGCAGAAGAUCAUGGCCACGUUCGGUCAAUACGUCGAGGUGAUGCUGAAGAAGUACGAAGACAGCGGCAGGACGGCGUGGCGCGGCAAGGACACGGCUCUGUUCUUGGUGACGUCGCUGGCGUCUCGCGGGAGCACUCAAGCCGCCGGGGUCACGCGCGCCUCGCCCCUCGUCGACCUAGCUCAGUUUGCGCAAGCGCACGUUCUACCCGAGCUGGACAAGCCCGACGUGAACGACGUGCCGGUGCUGAAGGCCGACGCCCUCAAGUACAUCAUGACGUUCCGCUCGCUUCUGCCCAACGAUCUCCUCGUCACCGCUUUCCCGCUUCUGGUCCGACACAUCAACGGGCGCGGCGUCGUCUGUACGUACGGCGCUUGCGCAGUAGAGAAGGUGAUAGCGGGAGGGAUGGUGCCCCGUCAGGUCAUCGAACCGCACGCCCCCGCCUUGCUGGCGGCCCUCUUCAACGCUCUCGGAAACGCCGCUGACCCCACGGAGCAUAACGAAUACGUCAUGAAAGCUAUACUCCGUACCCUUUCGUGUCUACGCGAGUCGGCGCUGAGUUACCUGGGCGAAGCCCUCCCCAAACUGGCCAGUCUGCUGGCGGUGGUCACCAAGAACCCUUGCAAGCCCCACUUCAACCACUACUUGUUCGAGACUCUGUCUCUGUCCGUUUCGCUGGUGGUGAAGGCGAACCCCGAGGCGAUCGCGGCCUUCGAGGACGCCCUCUUCCCGAUCUUCCAAGAGGUGCUGCAGAACGACGUGCAAGAAUUCAUGCCGUACGUGUUCCAAAUGCUGUCGCUGCUGCUGGAGCUGCGGGGGGAGCGAGGGGCCGGCGGGGACGGGGAGGCGUACGGGGCCCUCUUGCCGUGCCUGGUCGCGCCUCCUCUCUGGGAGCGCGCGGCCAACGUUCGGCCCCUGGUGAGACUGCUCUGCGCCUUCAUCGCCACCAGGGAAAACCUGGUCAGGACGUCCGGGAAACUGCCGGCGAUGCUGGGAGUUUUCCAAAAGCUGAUCGCCUCGAAGACCAACGACCACGAAGGGUUCUAUUUGGUGCAGACGAUGCUCUACAAAUUUGGAACCACCGACAUGCAGCAAUACACGAAGCAGAUAAUGACUCUGCUGUUCCAAAGGCUCUCCUCUUCGAAGACGACGAAGUACGUUCGGGGUCUGAUCGCCUUUUUGGGAUUCUUCGCGGCGCAUUUCGGCGCCGACCCGCUCGUCGACGUCAUCGACUCCAUCCAGGCGAACAUGUUCGCGAUGUACGUGGAGCGAGUGCUGAUUCCGGAUCUACAGAAGGUGAGCGGGGCCCUGGAGCGGAAGGCGGCGGCGGUGGGCUGCGUCAAGCUGCUCUGCGACAGCGCUCAGUUCGUCAGAGGGCCUCUCGCGCACCUCUGGCCGGGCCUCCUGCAGGCCCUGAUAUCUCUGUUCGAGCUGCCCGUGGACGAGACUUCUCUGCCGGACGACCACUUCGUCGAGGUGGACGACGCUCCGGGCUAUCAAGCGCAGUACGCGCAGCUGGCCUGCGCACGCGCGAACAGCGCCGACCCCUUGGCCAGUAUAGAAGAUCCGAAGAAGUACCUAGUGGAGAAUCUGUCGCUCCUGUCGCAGUCUAACCCCGGAUUGCUUCCCCCGAGAAUCGCAGCCAUGGAUGAGCCCCACAGAAACGCCCUGCAGAUGUACUUAGCCGGAUCCAGUGUGCAAAUUUGCUAA